AUGUCGCGCUGGCCAAUCGUCCUCUUGCAGCGCCUACUCGACAUCUUCGGCCUCAUAUUGGUCGGCCUCGUCAUCCUGUCCUUUCCCAUUACUCAUCUUCUUCACGUCAUCGGCUUCCUCUUUGGCUCUUUCUUCUUGGAUCUAUGGCGCGAACAUACCCACGAGCCCAGCAACUGCUGGAACAAGAUGGUCGUCAUCCCGCCAGAUCCGACUAUACCACCACCGCUACCGCCUCCGCAGCCUCCGCAGAAGCCACGUCCUUUGCGCACGCGCGAGGACGGCGCAUAUCAUUUGGAUGAGAGGAAGAGACAGACCCAGGAGGAUGAGAGACGAGUGCUGCAGGACAUAGCUGACGCCGAAGAGAAGGCGUGGAAAGCAUGGUGGAAGAAGAACAAAGGUGGCAUGUGGAGCGCCGAUGGAAAGAAGAAAGCAAGGGCGCGUAAGGUUUUCGCUGCUGCCAUGGAAGCAUUGCGGCAAGAGAAGCCAUUUGACUGGGACGCCAAAAUCAACCAGCUCCAUACCGUCAAGACCCCAGUCGUCCAGACCCCAACCCCAACCGUCCAGACCCCAAUCACAACCACCCAGAAGCAAUCCUUUGGCCCUGCAGCCGUCGGACAAGUGCAAGUGAGCGUCAAGCGCUUGCAACACUACCCAUCUCACUGGAUGUUCUCCGAAACCAGCGAUCGCCAGACGCUGUACAGAGAUGCAACGCUAGCACCAGGCUACUUGUCAUCGCGACAGCUCGGCGAGCUUUUGUCUGGACCCCAGAAGCAGAUCUCUGUCUUCAAUCCGCUACUCAAUGAGCCUUCAGCAUCCUUCUCAUGCUCCAAGUCGUCCGCGGCGCACCAGAAGAUGGUCCAGGAGUAUGGCGACUUCAUUUGGCAACAUGCACAGAGCGGUCAGAGCUCUAGCGCCCGACAGAGAGGCCGUGAGCUACCGCCGAUGGUGAAGCAGAGCACUACGACCUUCUCUACUUCUCAUGAGAGUAAGGCGCAUCUCAAGGUUGUAGCGAGAUAUGGCAACUUCCUUCGAGCGCCAUCACAACAGCCUCAAGGCUCGGGUCAGCAGGACAGUAGCAACGGAUCCUCGACUGACAGUGGGGGCGAUGGCUCGGGCGCCUCGCAGAAUGGUCCCACCGGCAAUGCGGGAAAGUCACUAUUUGACAGGAUAACAGCUCCUGAUCCGCCAAAGCAAACCUUCGCGUCUGAGGGGUGGACGAAAGAGAAUUGGGCAAACGUCAAUUUCAACUUCGGGGCCAGCAGUGGUGCAGGUACUCAGCCGUCAGGCAGCACGGCAGGCAUGGGUUCACCUCCUGCUACUGCAGGGGCGAGUGGCGCGCAAUGGACUGCUGCUUCGAAGAAUCCUAUCCUAAUGGAGCCGACUCUAGAGAAGCAACGCACCUUUGUUUCGAAAUGGAUCAACGGCCUGCGCACCAACAUCGCGACCGGUAAGGUUCCGGGAUCGGUCGACACCAUGUCACCCUCUGAACUCACCGCAUAUUUGGCCACAGCCACUGAACAACUCACCCAUAUCCUCGGGUGGUGCGCUCCAGAGGGCAAGUGGCGAACCGCCCGCGUGAGUUAUAUCCAAGCCAAGGGUACCGUUGGACUUUCCUCAGACGAGCUUGAUAGUGUAAAUUCCAAGCUCAACGAUAUGAGUGCGGACGACAAGGCAUCGGACAAAGACCUUGACCCAUGCAUAAUCGCUAUGGAAGCAUUGAUAUCGGCCAUGGACAAGAUGGGACUGUGGACCCCAGGGCAGCAAAGAUCCUCGGGGGUACAAAGACCGUCAUAG